UGUGUUUUUCUGACUCCUCUUAAUAUUUUCUCUUUUAUUUUUAUUUUCUUCACAUUCCCUCCCUUUUAUUUUUAUUAUAUUGCCCUUUGUUUCUUCCUUUCACUUACUUCAUCAAAUCACCUCCACAACAUUCUUUUUUUCCUCAGAAAAUUUCAAGGGAGUUCUUCUAUUGAAGGAUUAUCUUCAUUUUCUCUUUGGUUAUAAUGGAGAGGUUUUAUGGUGAGAAACAGGAACACUACAACACAAGAUUACCCUCACACUUGAAAGAAAUAGACCUUACUCUUAAGCUUUCUUCUUGUGGUGAAAAUGUAGAGGAAAGGAGGUUGAUACGGUCAUCAUCAGUAAAUGUGUCAAAUUGGUGUCAAUUUGUGCCACCUAUAGAGAGAUCUUGCUCCCUACCAAUUGAUUGUGGGAAGACAAUGUUGCUAGAGAGGCAGAGAAGUGUGGUUCCUGCAGAGCUUCAUGGUCCAAGACAUUCAUCUGAAAUAGCAGUUGGUUCCAAUUUCAAGAUGUCAACCAAGCAAGAAAAUGAUUCCAUGAUUUUUCACAAAACAAUAUGCAAAGACAUUCCAUCCAAGUCUGCAGAUACUAAAUUGAGGAAUCAAGCAAAGAAGCUUAAUCUCCCAAACUACUGUAGUCUUAAAGGCGAUGUGAUGGAGAUAUUGCGAAAAAUGCCGACCGUGACGACCAUUGGAGACGGCCCAAAUGGGAAGAGAAUUGAAGGGUUUCUGUACAAGUAUAGAUCUGGGGAAGUUUGUAUUGUAUGUGUCUGUCAUGGAAGCUUCCUCACUCCAGCUGAGUUUGUGAUGCAUGCUGAGGGAAAGGAAGUGGCUAAUCCAAUGAAGCAUAUCACUGUUUAUCCUGUCUCACUUUAGAGGUCAAUGGUAAUGUCUUUACGAUUUCAUCUUUCUUUAGAAUGUAGAGGUAAGUGGAAACAAUGAAAGUCUUUGAUUAGUUUAGUUUCAAUGAUUAUCCUGUCCAAUGUUCAUCUGGUUUGUGUAGAAGGAAAUUUUCAUAAAUAAAUGCAUUUGUGAAAACUUUUCCAUAUUACUACA